AUGUUGGAUCUUUUGCCUCUCUCCCCGACAUGGGUGCUGGCCGGACUGUUUGCGGUGCUCUCUUACUGGUUCCUGGUGUGGCCGUUUUCCACGUUUAAGAAGCUGGGCAUCCCUGGUCCCAAGCCGGUACCACUGUUUGGAAACUACCUGGGCUACCGGAAGGGUAUGGGUAACUUUGAUCAGGAGUGCUACCAAAAAUACAACAAAGUCUACGGAUUUUUCGAAGGCCAGCAGCCCAUAUUGAUGGUUGGUGAUCUGAAGCUUGUGCGAGAGAUAACAGUAAAGAAGACCAACAUUUUCCAAAACCGGCGGGAUUUGGCGGGCCGAGGUGAGAUUUUCGGCGCCAGUGUGGCUGCGCUCAAGGACGAUGACUGGAAACGGGUCCGUGGUGUCAUCUCUCCCACCUUCAGCACAGGGAAACUUAAACAGAUGUCCCCACAUCUGGAGAGGUGCGCUGCCAACUUUAUUUCCAAGCUUGACGAAAACUGUCAAGAUGGGACCGUGUUUGACAUGAAGAAGCUUACAGGUGCCUUCUCCCUGGACGUCACCUCCAGUACAGCCUUCGGCGUGGACGUGGAUUCCCUCAACAACCCGGACAACCCUCUCGUGUGGAGCGCCAAGAACAUGUUCGAUUUCAGCUUCUAUAAUCCACUGGUCCUCAUUGUCAUUCUGUUCCCACAGCUGGCCUGGAUCCUGGAGUUUUGUGGGGUGAACUUCAUGAACAAGAAAUCCAUCACAUAUUUCAGCGAUGCUGUGGACCACGCGAUCAACAUGAAGAGAGAAGUUUCAGACAAAGAGAGACCACCGGACUUUCUUCAGCUGGCCCUAGCGGCUCACAACGAGGAACUGGACAACGGCGUGUCCGCUAACACCGCCAAGUGGGGUAUUUCCAAGAAAGAGAUCAAGGGAAACGCAGUGCUGUUCUGGGCGGCCGGGUACGAGAGCACCUCCAACACCAUCGCGCUUACAGCCUACAACCUGGCGCUGCACCAGGAGGCACAGGACAGGUGUAUCGAGGAAAUUGACGCCGUCAUCAAGAAGCAUGGGGUGCUGGACUACAAGGCCAUUCAUGAGCUGCCGUAUCUGGAGAUGUGCAUCAACGAGACACUCAGGAUUUUCCCUUCUACCACAAGGAUUGACCGCGUUGCCAAGGAAGAUGUUGACCUGGAUGGGAUCCGUAUCCCCGCCGGCAUGCUGGUAUUCGUGCCGGUCUGGUCCAUCCACAUGGAUGCAGACAUCUGGCCGGAGCCGGAGGAGUUCAGGCCUGAAAGGUUCUCUAAGGAGGCGGUGGCAGCCCGUGACCCGUACGCCUACCUGCCGUUCGGCUCCGGACCCAGGAACUGUGCCGGCAUGCGUCUCUCCCUGCUGGAGCUCAGGUUUUCUCUCGCUAAGGCCCUGGAGAAGUUCCGCUUCGUCACCUGCAAGGAGACCGUGAUUCCCGUUCGCUUCAAGAAGAGUAUGCUGAACCAGAUAGACCAUGAGGUCUGGCUGAAGGUGGAGGCCCGCACACCAACACAUGCCUAGGUUAGGUUUGCUGGGGGGCGGUAUCGACUUCCCACGAACUUUGACCCUUUG